CUGCCAGACACACACCACACCACACAAGCUGAGUGCAUUGGAAAAAGUAGGAGGGUCGCUGGUUGGCUCUUUAGCUCGUUGCUGCUGCUGCUGCUUAUCUGCGCCUGCAUAAUAAUCGUCCGUCUGUUUUGCCGAGACAAGUGCAGCGUUCAGUGAUUGCACCUGGUAAUGGUGUGCCAGUGAGAGCGAUUUGCCAAAGAAAGCAUGGACCGCAUGGACGAUGGAUGGAUGGAAAACGUGGUGAACAUGAUGUCCGGCAACACCGAUGAGGGAGACAACCUGAACAUAAAAAAGGAGGAGGUGGACCACGCCAACUUCCAGCCUUGUUCGCCAUCCAACAGCAACGUUUACUCGCCCAGCACCACGAUGGAAAUUUGCAGUGACAGCCAAGGAACGCCGCGAUCGCCCAAAUGUCUUAAGUUCGCGUUCGUCGACGCCGGGGCCACCUCUCCCGGCAGCCCCGACAGGCAGUUCUGCUCGAGCACAACGCAAUCCAUCGGAGACCCGAUGAUCACCAGGACAGAGGAAAGCAUGAAAGAAGAUGACUCGCCCCGCAGAUUGUGUUUAGUUUGCGGUGACACGGCAUCUGGCUUCCACUAUGGUGUUGCUUCCUGCGAGGCCUGCAAAGCAUUUUUCAAAAGGACUAUCCAAGGUAACAUUGAGUACACAUGCCCUGCUGCCAACGACUGCGAGAUCAACAAGAGACGACGGAAGGCGUGCCAGGCGUGUCGCUUCCAGAAGUGUCUUCGCAUGGGCAUGCUGAAGGAAGGCGUCCGUCUGGACAGGGUCCGCGGAGGCAGGCAAAAGUACCGUCGCAACCCUGAGAUGCCCUACCAAAUGCAGCACGUUUCCGCUCCCGUCGCGAAACCCUCACUUGAAGAAAAUAAAAUGCUGGAGGUGCUCGGCAACUGCGAACCUGAAAUUCUGCAGGUCGGUCCUGACCAUUGCCACAGCGCGGAUAGCGAGUACCAGACUAUCAGCGUCCUCAGCGAACUCUACGACAGAGAACUCGUUGGGAUCAUUACUUGGGCCAAGCAGAUUCCAGGCUUCAUGGAUCUGUCCCUCAACGACCAAAUGAGGCUCCUGCAGAGCACAUGGGCAGAAAUCCUGACGCUGACCCUGGUGUUCCGGUCACUGCAGAUGUCCUCGAGCAGCGGCGGCAGCAGCGGCAAGCUGAAGUUCGCCUCUGACUUUUGGCUGGACGAGAAGUUGGCUCGUGAAAGUGGAGCGACUGAGAUUUAUCAGCAUUGCAUCCAGAUUUUGUCAAGGUUCAGCCGCCUGUCUUUAGCCCGCGAGGAAUACCUCCUUUUGAAAGCCCUUGUUCUUGUUAACUCUGAUAUCAACGUGGACGAGUUCAUUCCUCUGAAGCAACUGAGGGACACGGUUCUUACUUCACUCACCGACUGUGUUUCUGUACUCAGGCCCAACACCUCGGCCUACCACGUGCAACAACUGCUGCUGAGCCUGCCGGCCCUGCGCCAGGCGGACUUCAUCAUAAGACGGUUCUGGUCGGAUGUGCGCCACGACGCCAAGGUGCCGAUGAAUAAGCUGUUUGUGGAAAUGCUCGAGGCAUGCCAUCGUUGACCUGAUUCACUGAGAGACUGAUUCGUAAUACUACUUCUUAAUUGUUUACUUGCGAAACUGCGAUUCGACAGGAGAUAUUUAGAAAAAUGAGUGUGUUGCUUCGGAAGCAAAAAGUGAUCACAAGGUGCAAGUUUUUUGGCCAAAAUUAUUAUGCUCUCGAGCACCGAGAGAGGGAGGAAGGGGGAAAGAGGUUAUUUUUCCGCAUUUGUUUCUGAUAGAUAUAUACACACAGGUACACUUCUGUUUGUGAUCCUUUUUGAAGUCGAACACUUGCCGCGGAGAGCUUAAAAGCGUCUCGAGGCAAGCCAAAUGCUGUUGGUAAAUGACAUAACUUCAUCAAUUUUGCGAAUUUGACUGUGUAAGGUGAGAGAGAAAGUAAGAGUAGUUGGUAGCAAUCGAGUGAUUAAAAAUCCAUUUCGGUCCAUAGGACCGCGCGUGUAAUCAUGUGUGUUAGAGAGUAAGACUCAUGAGCACCUAAAAUCUACUGUCAUUUACGGAAAUUGCUCGCAUGCAAAUUAAUUCUCUUUAGAAGAGAUCGCGACACACACACAUACGUGGAAUUCGGUGGGUUUUGGAUUCAAAGUGCAAAUAAUCAUACUUACUUCUCAUCCGCAAGAAUCGAGUUUGUGCAUAACUUCCGCCACUUAUGGGUAUACAUGAUAACUUUGUGAUGCUUUUGAGUUGAUUGGUUAUAUACAUAUAUAAUUAUGCUUUAAUUUUCUUUUGUUAUAAUCUUUUUGUAAACUGUUGAAAGCUAUUUUCGUUUUGUGCCAAUCUUUUUUUAAUUGAUUAUUUGUAUCAGCAUCACGCGUGUAACAAUAUUAUUAUGAUUUCUUUGGACAAAGUACACAAAUCAUACACUCACUCACACACAGUUCUCGUGUUUCACAAACCUGGGUAGCUGCAUGUUUUUUGUACAUGGGCCUCGUUAAUUAAUCACUGGAUUCAGCGCACUGCUUGCAAAUUCGAACCCUGUUGAUCAACAAUUGCUGGGGGUAAGGUUCCUUUCUUUUAAGAGUUGUUAGUUGAUUGCGAAAUAAUAUAACAACAAGACUGAGCCAGAAUAUGAUUACAUUGUCACUAACAGUUGAAUCACGGAUACAUAUUCUACUACGCAUAUAUAUACAUUAUAUAUAUUCGCGCGCGCGCGUGCAAGGGAGAGCGUCUAACUCUAAUAAUAAUUAGCCAUUAGUUGUCAACUUAACUGGGGUUAGAGCAGAACGAUACACACACGAUCAGAACUCUACACACCAUUUUAUUAGACCCAUUAGGGGAAUGCGUUUUUAAAAGACUGUCUAGCCAUAUAAAUGUACUGUUUGUUAUCGACGAAAUGUUUAGACCAGAUAGCCACGAAUCGAGGGGUUGCAAUUUAAAAGAUCUUGAUCAUUUACAACAUGUCGCAAUUUAGGCAAGCCGUUAGUACGAAACCCUUCAGUUUCAACUAUUAUCAAGGAAAGAGGAACUAAUUAAGUGUUGCAAUUUGAGAACCGCCGGUCAACUUACAAGGAAACCCUGCGGUCCAACCGCCCCUAACAUAGUAUUUUAUUGCAUCUCUCCUGUACACGUUGGUGAUGUGAACAUGAACCACCAGUCAAAAAUGUUCUAUCUAGAAUUACUGUUGAGUUACAAACUGGACAAAAACAUGCGGUAAAACAUAAAAAAAUCGAUUUAAAACUCCAAUUUUGUUCAAUCACGAUGAUUUUCUGGUUUAUACAUUCUCCUUGACAAAACAAAUAGGAUUAUUCUAAUUUCAUGAAAGUGUACAUGUCUGAUGCAAGUAAUACUUUUAAUUUUGGACGGUAUGCGGGGUUUUCUUAAACGAAAAUGAAAUUAUAUUUUACCAAGACACAGACACACGGAUUAGCCUGCGAAGAUGGAUAGUUGAAAUCUAUAUAUUUAACCCGCGCGCAUUGUUAUAUUAUUAAUUAAGAAGUAAUCGUAGUAAUUCUGGGGCUGGAGAAGUGAACAUUACUAUUAAAACGACACACACAUACACUCGCAUACGUCAUUGGUAGUGUAGUACUUGGGAUGUUAAAUGAAACAAUAUCAUCACCCAUGGACACACACAAACACACAUUUUGAGAUGAAAUGCAUAUAUUUUAUCCACACAUACACACACAAACACACUUGGCAUAAAUGUUGUGCAUAAUUAUUGAAUAUUCUAUUGUAUCAUUGUCAUAGUUGCUUAUUUUUAUGGAGGAAUAUUCAUUUAUUGAUUUCGUUGUUGUUUUCUCUGUUCAACUUUUAUUGCUCUUGAAACUGAAGUAAAUGAUUUAAUUUAGACUCGACUUAUGAUUACUCUUUUUGAUGACACAGAGUAAAUAGAUAGAACAUUAUUUGUCAUGAUCUGCCUUUUGGUCCGAAUUCUUGAGACAAGGGAGUUGUAUUUUUCUGACCUCUGAACAAUUUGUACGAGUCGAAAUCACUUUUUUAAAAAUUAUUGACUUAAAAAUACUCCAUAGUUUGUUGUACAAAAACUGUUCACGCUCGAGAGGCGACGUUCUUUCAGAGUGCUGAAAAUUGUUGAUUUGUAGACAGAAAAGUAUCAAAACGCUGAUCACGUUUGUUAAAUUUCCAGAUGAAUAAUCAGCUGCCUUGUUUGAACCAAAGUUAUACAUAAAAAUGAAUGUAAUAAAUUUCUAUCCAUGCCACAAAA